AUCAGUUUUCUCUGACAGAGAUAAAAGUUUAGUUUGAAUCAGCGACUCUGUGAGAGGACACCAGUUUAAACCUCCAGACUAACAUGGAUAACUGGAUUAGUAUAAAGAUAUAAAAAAAACAUACAGAAAACAUCAUGAUUAAAAGUUUACUAAAAUGUAUGUACAGUAUAAUGUAAAUACUUUCUGUUCAGUAUCUCCACCUGCUCCUAUUGACAGUGGUGAGAAAAAAUGGCCUACAUAAUCCCUGGCUAAUUACUGUGUGUAAGUGAAACCCACUGUGCAUAUUAACAAAUUACGACAGCCCUCGUCAUCAGUGGCCCAUCCUCAUUUACAAGUCUAAUCAGCGAACUCUUAGGGGAACAUUAGGGGAUCAAAUUAGCUCUAAUAAAUGUCCCAUUAUCAGUGUGACGCACACUACCUGUUGAAUAAGAAGUAAAACACGGUUUGGCAUCGGUUGACAUGUUACCUCUUAUUUCAUCACCGUCUGCGAUGAUGGAGAAAUUUUUGACAAGCAAUCAAAUGAAACAUGAUUGCUGACACAAAUGUUUUUCUCUUAAUGUAUUCAUUACAAAAUAGAUGAUGGCUGAGUGUUUGUGCCGAUCAGCUCAGUCCCAGCGGACUCUGUCUUUCUUGCUUACAUAAUUGUGUCCCCCCGCUGCAUUAUCUGUCAGAUACAGUCCAUUAAUGAUUAGAACAAACACACACACACACACACACACACACAUACAAACACACUCUUUCCAUUGCUGCUCGGUACAUUCACUCCCAUUCCUUUGAUCAGAGUAAUAAAUACUGCCCUCAAUAAACUCUUAUCAUUAAGCAUUAUCACUGGAGCUUUAACUACUGUCAAUAAUUAAUUAUUUAGAUUUAAAGUGUUUGUCAAAUACUGUUUACUGGAUCAAACUGACACAUGCUGCACAGAAUCUCAACUCCCAGUUUACUCUUCACUCUGUUAGUCAUUUAGCUUUUUGUGUUUUCACCUCCUUUAUUCCUGUUUUGGCUCCGAUCAGACCGCGGCACAGUCUUUUCAGUCAGAGGCCAUAAAUUUGCCAAAGGCGAAUGAGUCAUUAUCCAUUUAUGACAUGCUGUUAAAGAUGACUGGCAGCUACUGUGAAUGGAGACAAGCAAUAUUUCAGUCAAGGAGGUGAUCUUUGGGAAGGUUAGACGAGCGCCUGCACAGCCCGAAUGUGGCCAUGGAGUUGACUAAAGUGACCGUCUCGGCUCUCUUUCUGCUGCUGGUGGCGUUUGGAUCAUCCAGUGCCAAAGUUGAGGAGGAGAACCCGGAGUUCUGGAGGUCACAGGCCCGGAAGACUUUGCAGUCAGCGUUGGACAGGAAGCUCAACACCAAUGUGGCCAAGAACAUCCUGUUUUUCCUCGGAGAUGGAAUGGGAAUCACAACAAUCACUGCGGCUCGUAUCCUCAAGGGACAGCUGAAGAACCAGACGGGAGAGGAGACAGUGAUGACCAUGGACACCUUCCCUAAUGUGGGACUAGCUAAGACCUACAGUGUGGACUUCCAGAUCCCAGACAGUGCAGCCACAGCUACAGCAUAUCUGUGUGGAGUGAAAACUAACCUGAACACCAUCGGAGUCAGUGCAGCAGCUCGCAACGGAGUGUGCAAGACUCAGAAGGGCAACGAGGUCACGUCCAUCCUGAAGUGGGCCAAAGAUGCAGGUAAGUCUGUCGGCAUUGUUACGACCACACGGGUGCAACACGCCACCCCAGCAACCACCUACGCCCACAGCGCCAGCAGGAAGUGGUACAGUGAUGCUGACAUGCCCGACUCUGCCAAGAGGGACGGCUGCACCGACAUCGCCUCCCAGCUCGUCAAAAACACCGACAUAGAUGUGAUCAUCGGAGGUGGCAGGAAGUACAUGACCCCGAAGGGCACUCAGGACCCAGAGUAUCCCAGGGAUUACUCUAGCAGGGGCAAAAGAAAGGACGGACGCAACCUCAUCAAUGAGUGGCAGAGCAUGAAAGUUGGAAAGGUAGCCCGCUACGUGUGGAAUCAAACAGACUUCAGCGCUGUUGACCCUGAAACCACAGACUACCUCAUGGCUCUGUUUGAACCUGGUGAUCUGCGCUUCGAGGCAGAGAGGGACCCAAAGAUGGAUCCGUCCAUCGUUGAGACCACAGAAAAGGCCAUUCGCAUCCUCCAGAAAAACCCAAAAGGCUUCUUCCUGUUAGUGGAGGGUGGGCGUAUCGACCAGGCCCACCACGCCGGCCGGGCAUACAUGGCGCUACAUGAGGCGGUUGCUUUCGAUUACGCCAUCGCUAAGGGACUUGAGCUCACCAAAGAGCAUGAGACUCUCACCAUAGUGAUGGCUGACCAUUCCCACCCCAUCUCCUUCAAUGGAUACCCAUUCCGUGGGCAGAGCAUUCUGGGUAAAUCUCCGCUGUGGGCGUCAGACGUGUUGCCUUACACCACACUGAUGUAUGGAAACGGACCUGGACACAAAAUCACCAACGGCAAGCGUCCGGACAUCCGCGAUGUCGACACCAAAACUAAAGACUACGUCCAGCUGGCUGCCGUCCCCACAGAAUCGGCCACCCACAGCGGGGAGGAUGUGGCAGUGCUCGCCCGCGGACCCAUGGCCCACCUCUUCCAGGGCGUCCAUGAGCAGAACUACAUCGCCCACGCCAUGGGCUAUGCUGCCUGCGUGGGCGCCGACCUGAGGCACUGCCAGGGGCAAACUGAAGCACCUGCGGUUCACACCACCUUCACCGACAACAGGAACGGAGCCGUGGCAGCUCAUGGCUCGGCCGCUCUGCUCAGUAGCCUUCUCAGCGUGCUGCUGGCACUUACAGUACUGAUGUAGGUUGGCUGUUCCUGGUGAACCCUAUUGAUCGCACUCCACUUUUCACAUCAGGGAGGUCAGAGGUCAGGGGCAUAUAGGGGUGAGCAGGGAUGUAGGUGAACCCUUGAACCAGGGUUAUGUUGCCUGUAGCAGAGCAUCUUGUUAAGACAGAAUUCAAUCAUUAGAGGCCACAUACUAAAAUAUAGAGUUUUCCUGGUUUUACAAAGGCAGAAAAAGCUAACUGUCUAGGUUUAGAUACAGAAUGUGUUGAUGAAAGAAAAUGACCUCCAACACUACAUUAAAAAACCUACUGAAUGUAAA